UGUUAAGUACGAUUGUGUUUUGUGCGUUCGUCUUAGCUACGAUAAUUUUGGCAGCAAUAAUACUUGUUCGUUAUCUCAUGGCAUGCGUCGUCGUACACGCUGGUGCCGGAUAUCACUCUAAAUCAAAAGAAAAGAAAUAUAAUAAAUUGUGUUCCGAAGCCUGUUCAUUGGCCGGGAAACUUUUGUCAGUUGAUCACAAAAGUGCCAUCGACGCUGUGGAAGCAGCUGUAGCGUAUUUAGAAGACUGCCCAUUAACCAAUGCAGGGAUCGGUAGUAAUCUGAGUAUUAAUGGGUAUGUGGAAUGUGAUGCGGGAAUAAUGAGUGGCUCUACCCUUCAGUUUGCUGGGAUUGGAGCUGUUCGUAAUAUGAAGAAUCCCGUAAAGGUUGCAAGGCUUCUGUUACAGUCACAAAUUGACCACCCUAUGGGUGAGUUAGGACGCGUUCCUCCAUCUGUACUUGUCGGUGAUGGUGCUCAUCUGUGGGCUGCGUCAAAAGGAUAUCCUGUUGAUAAUAGUAAUCUCGUCACAAAACAUUCGCGGGUUUCAUGGGAAAAGUACAAAAGUUGGUUAUUUAACGGGAACGAAAGGGAUGCAACUACAAAAGAUUCUCAUUUUAGUCAUCAUGAAAAUGUUCCAGAGUUGAAAAAGUCUCGUGUCCAUAGAUUUGAUACUGUUGGUGCUGUUUGUAUUGAUAUAGAAGGGAAGAUUGCUGCAGCAUCUUCUAGUGGUGGUAUUGCAAUGAAGUAUGAAGGUCGUCUAGGUCAAGCGUGUACAUAUGGUUGUGGUUGUUGGGCAGAAGAACUCAGUUCAUUUUCUAGUAUUGGGGUUGUCACUUCAGGUACUGGUGAACAACUUAUAAAAACUCAACUUGCUCAGCGUUCUGCAGAACGUUUUAACGGUGACUCCAUUUCCGUUUCUGAAAUAGUUCACUCAUCUCUCACUGAUGGAUUUUUAAAUUCUAAGUAUCUUUCCUGUGAUAUGGAAAAAUUUGCUGGUGUUGCUGGAGUUUACGCUAACUUCGAACGAAUUGACUUUCCUAAUGUGGAGGUGUUUUUUGGACACUCAACACGAUCGAUGAGUGUUGGUCACUAUCUGCCGAGUGUUAUGAAAAAACCAUUUGUCCGUGUAUCACGGAAGCAAAUUGAUAGACCUACGUAUAUAGAAGUCUACGCAUAUACCAUAUAGCUAGUCUGGAAGUGAAGGGUGAAUACUUUUGUAUCUGAUCUUGACCAUUUGACAUGAAUUUGUUAAACGUACUCGGUAUCAUGAAAGUGUAUAACUCUACUGAGCAAGGAGAUCGUCGCAAUCAUCUCAUGUAAGAAUUUUUUUUCUUACUUUUGCUUCAUAGUUUUUUCAGUUGCAUUUUAUUUAUAUAAACUACAACUUAUUUUCUAAAGAAUGUUGAGUUGUCAAAUUAGUGACUACUGAUCGAUCUUAUAUAUAUUCGUUGUAAUGUACACUAUAAUUACACUCAACACAAAUUACUUUAAACUGUCACAUUUGGUUAGCAUGUGCGUAAACAAUAAUUGUGAGAUACUCGACUUUUACCAGUCUUUAUCGACUGGUUAGAAAAAGUCUGUGGCUUUAUGGUUUAUUAUCUAAUACAUCAUAGGAUUCUUCUUGUCUAACUGGUUACUUUUAAACUGCCGAUGAAAUAUUUCGUUAGUUGAUGACUUCUUUGCUAUGUAAAUCAAAACUUGUAAUCUGGACUGUUAGUCGUUUUAAAGCGUGAAUUAUAGAAAGAGUUGAUUAGUUGUAAAGUCUUAGCCGUAAAACUUGCCAAAAAUCUGACAAUUAUUUCAAUUUUGCUGUAAAAUUAAAAGCAAAUGGAAAAAAACAUGUUUCGUGCCGCAUCUUACGGAAGUUCCCUGUUUGUCGAUGUAGUUGUCUUAUCUGUUUCUCUAGUUUGGAUGAAGAAAUAGAUUAAUGCCUUCAAUUCUAUGCUUACACAAUCAUUUUGUGGAUGUAUUCAACGCAAUAUUAAAUACAUAGUGCAUUCUCUCCGCUAAACCAAUGUAACCACUGUAUUUCCUCGUCAUUCAUAACAUGAUUUUUGUCUUUGCAUUCAUUUUCCAUCUCUUAAAUUAAUUUAAUCAAUAUAUUGUAUGCGAUUUCCCCAUUCACUUUUUUUAGCUUGCUAUGAAUGCUGGCGAUAAACUUGAAAACUACUCAAACUCGUGGUAAAGUUGGUCUAGAACGAUGACUUUUUACUUCUAUAUGACACUCGUUUGUAGAAUAUUUAACAAAACCUUCAGCGUUAUUGAAUAAAUUAUUUCCCAAA